GUCAUUAACCCAACCUUACGUUCUACAUAUAAAUCAGUACAAAGACAGACUUUAAUAAAACCUGCACUCUCACAAUAUUUCAUUCAGCCCCAACCUUCAACAAAAAAGAAAGUUAAGCCAUGGCUCCUUGCUGUUCCCUUUGCUUUGAUCCCCACAAACUGCCCAAACUCCGCUCCUUCUUUCAACCCUUCUGCCUCCCUUUCUGCCGUGGUGUUUUCUCCCCCUCCCCUUCCCCUCUCCCCUCCGAUGACGAUGGCGGCGCCACUGACGCCGACAACUACCAUCUUAACAAUCAUCAUGUGAUCAUCUUGGAGAUCAGGCAAAGGGCGAUGAUGAAGUCGAGAAGCCAGCCGAGGAGCUCCUUCAUAAUCGUGACGGCAGAGGAGUUUGGGAGGCUUAUUAAUGCGGUGGCACCGCCGCCGCCGCCAUCGAAGGCGAACAAAUCCAUUGAUGUAGAGAGAAGGGAGAAGAAUGAUGGAAAAUAUGAAGGAGAGGAAGAGAACGAGGAGUUCUUCUCGGUAAAAAGCUGCUUCUCUCGGUGCUCUAGCGGAGACGAAGACUGCUGGUUGAGUGGGAGGACGGCGGCGUUGCUGGUGACGUUGUCGGAGGAAUGUGAAGGGUGGCCGUUUGGGCUGUGGCGGCGGCGGAAGGUAGUGGUGCUUCCGCCAUUGCCAAAGUCGCCGGCGGAUUCCUGGACUUGGCAUAAGAGGAACCUGAAUAAUGUUAAGGUUUAGCGGCAGCUGCCUUAAAAACAGGUGUAUUGGUUCUCAUGAACAAAGGAGAGGGUAAUGGGGAUAAAAAGAAAAAUAAAAUUUUCUCAGGGUCAAAUUUAAAAUUUUAAAAUUUAUCUUUAUGUCAUUCUUCCUGUCUAUAAC